AUGUCGGCAGUGUCGGGGCACGGUAUCAAGCUCCCAGGACUUCCUGUCACUCGCCGUGCCAUCCCUAAGCCCACGUGCACUCUGGCCAACAGCAUGUUAGAGGGUAAUGCAGCACCAUCUGGGAUUCCUGGGGCGUAUAAAAGAUUUUCACUUGGAAUGAAGGCGGCCCUGCGCAGUGCUGCCUCUGCCACUCCCACACAGCAGCCAGCCCCAGCUGCUGAGAAACGCCUCAGCCUGGCCCCAGCCUGCUCAGCACGCCUCAGGAAAAAAACAAACGAGGGAGCCAUUCCCUCCCUGAGCAAAGACACUGCAGCCAGCUCAGUGCGACCCUCUCAAGCCUCUGCUAGCCUGAAAAGACCCGUCCCUGAGCCCAAAGGAGGCCCAGCCAAGAGGUCGAAAGGAGAACCAGUAUCUAAUAUCAGAUCUGGUCUUCUGAGGAAGCGAGCACUUCCCACUGUGCCUGAAGAUACCAUCUCCACCUCCUCAGCUCAUACAGUGUCUGGUGCUUCAUCUGUGACUGCUCCCUCAUUGGACAGCGAGGACACUUACCUGUGCGAGUGUGGUCGCAAGACAGCUUGCAAGAAAUGUCAACAUCUCCUACAAGAAAAUCAGAAACUACGCCGGGAGCUCAGCACGCUAAAAAGUCACAAAUAAAGAGACUGAGAAUCUCCACAUUUGACCUCCCCGUCUCACUUGUCCAAAUUUAUGACGACUAUGAUGACU